AUGAGUGGCAAACUGUAUGAAAAAGCCCAUUCCAAUUACAAGAUAAAUACCACAAAUAUGUCUACGAAGGAGCCAGUAAGAUCAUCGCUCGAAGAUGACGAUGAAUUUGAAGAUUUUCCUGCCGAUUCUUGGCCAUCGCAACCGGUUUCACAGGACCUAACAAGAGAUAGCAACCUUUGGGCAGAAGACUGGGAUGAUAUCGAAGUAGAAGAUGAUUUCACCAAAGAAUUGAAAGAGGAACUUGAGAAGCAGUGA